UAUUAGAACCAAGUUAUCCUAUCUUGUUCAAGCAGUUUUUCUUUUAAAGCAUCAUGAGCUUUGCUUGUAAUAUGCACAGAUAUAUGGACGUUUGGAAUACUGCUCCGCAUGUAUGAAAUCCGUGAAUGGAAAAUGGAUCACUCGAAGGUCAAUGAUAGGAUUUUUAACUUCUUUUUCUUUUUUUUUUUUUAAUUUUCUCUUCCUCCCUUUCUUUAAUACGCAGAUUCUAUCUGGGUCUCUUUCCAUUUUUUUUCUUUGAUUUUUUUUUUUAAGCUUUUGUAUAACCACGUGCCAAAAAAACACACUUGUUACAGCAGGAUAUUGACAUCCCACCCUUCAUCGGAUUGUAAUUUCAGAAUUCAAAAUUUCUUCAAUUUGUAUCCAAGAUGAGUCGUGGUGAACUUAUCAUUGAUGAUAAUCAGGUCAAACCAGCAUCAGAGAACUGGGCAACAGAAUAUCAGCAACAGUACAAUGGAGGUGCUUCUUGGGCUGAUGAAUUUGCUCAUGAUGAGGCAAGUAGAGAUAUUGUGGAAGAAUCUGCUACUCUGGUUGGUGGUUCUUUGAUUUUUUUCAACCUGAUCAAUGGGCUGAGGAGUUUGCUACUGUAUGAGAACAACUAGGGUCUUUUGAUUUGUUUAUUCAGGAUACAAAGUGCGACUACUGAUUCUGCGUGUUAUGUAUUAUUUUGAGACUCUUAAACCGUGCGAAGCUCUUAUUCUUAUUUGAAAUAUUCUAAUUUUCUUCGUUUCAUUAAAUGUUCUUGAC